AUGCCGAGCUCAUCCAGUGCAGCAGGUGAUCCACAGCAUUUGGUCUGGGGGAGACCAGAGCUUGACAGCUUCAGCUCCAGUUCGGGCGACGAAACCUUCAGCCUGUACGAAGGCACGGAGGGCGACAGGAAUCAACAGCAGCGAGCUGAAGCUUCGAGUGCGCACCAGCUGUUGCACGACGGUGAUACAUCCAAUCCUUCUAGCUCUGCCAGCCAAACUGAAAGCUCGGAGAGCCAACACAACGACAAGAAGGCCGGGCGCAUGGUGGCUUGGGGCAAGGAUCAUGUGAAGAAGUUCUACGCGGAACUCAAAGCAGUGGCGAAGCACACUUCCCCCACCAAUAGGACCGCCUGGGACGCCACUGCGAAGAAAGUGGAAGAGCUGGCCCAUCUUCUCGAAAGCAAGGACCAGCUAGAAUCUGAAGGCGACGAGGAAGACGAGGCCGACGAUUCAGAGGACGAGAACCUUGGCGAAGGUAUGUGGUCAGUCGGGUCUGAGCACCAUGCGACAGGGCAAUGCAGGCCCUGCCAUUAUGUCUUCGCGAAAAGUGGUUGUACAAAUGGCGCAGCGUGUACGUUCUGCCAUUUCCAGCAUCCGAAAAGGUUCCGGCCAAGACCCUGCAGGUCCAAGCGAUACAAAUGCAAACGCCUGGCAUCGGUUUUGGACAAGGUGUUUGACAACGACCCUGAUUCUUUUCAAAGUCUGGUGGAUGAGCUGAGCUCCCAAGGUGGCUACCUGAACACGGUUGUCAAGAGUAAGGUAAGAAGCCUGCAACAGCGGGCUCAGGGUCCACAACCGCUGAGCCCAGCACGUCGAGCUCUGAAACCAGAUGAUUCGACCCUGGGCUUAUCCACUUUCGUGCGAGAGGAGGGACUCGUUGCUUCGGAGCGGCAGCACAGCAAAUUGACCCAAGAGGUCAUGCCCACGCAGAAGGAAAUCGAAUGGGAUGCCGUUCGAGCGAUGCUGGGGCAGGCCGACAAAGCUGCUGGCCCUUCCAUGCCUUCAGCGUCACGCGGCGUGGCAGCAGAGCCUCAGCGUGGCGCUUGCCAACCGCAGAAGACCGGAGGACAAGGGUCACCCAUGGCCGAUGGUGCGAGCGUGUUUGAACGCGGCGUCUGCGUCAUUAAAGCCGGGGCAGAUAGGCCUUGCUUGUGUGUCCGGGCUCUGCGCAAUGGCGUGAUGUGCCAGGCCGUGACUGUUGGACUUCUUCAUGCUGAGCUCCUUUUCGCUGCGCACAUGGUCAGAUCAGACGUGUUCGACACGAACAUCACAGCUGAUCUUGAGAUGUGGUGCUGCACGCGUCAGGCAGUGCUGGACCGUUUGGAGUGCCAGUUGCUUUGCAAGCAGACUGCAGGCUGUGGUGCCUUCGUUUACUUUGCAGCCUCGAAGUUCUGCUAUCUUGGGCGCAAUCACAGCGGCGUCGUCGGCACGCAGGGUGCGGUGUCUGGGCCAGUCGCGUGUGCAGAGGACAAGCCAUCCGCGUGUGAAGACCUUCCAAAGAAGCAGUUCCCAGCAGAAACAGCUGAAGGGAGUCAGAGUGCAUGGCCACUGGGAUUCACGCCGACAAACCUUCAGUGCUGGCCCACCAACAUGUACUGGCAGCCUGCCUUCUGCAGAUCCAUUCUGCCCACCUCGAUUGAAAACACAUCGACUGCAGGGCAUUGUCAGGAUUUGCAAAGGGUACACAUCGCCGCCGAAAGGUCAUGUGCAGCAAGCUGUGCCGAGAACGUGCUGUGUUCUGCAUGGCAAGUGCGGAUAAGUGAGGUUACUGCAACGGCACAGACAGUUGGGCUACGAGGUGCCAAAGAAACAGCACCGCGUGGAUUGGAGGAUGUUCCGAGUUGCAGCGAGAGGCCAAAUUUCCAGCUGGCCAUGAAUGCGUGGUGCGGUCAUCAGACUGAGCCUUUCGCGUGCUCGAAGGAGCUCAACAACGACAAUCCCAUAUGGGACUGUCACCAGAGAACAGGUGCGCAUUGCACUUCCGGAGCCAGCCUUUGUGCCUGGCCCGGGCAAGUUGCUCCUCCGGUUCCGGCCGAGUCGACCGGCUCGCCACCUCCGGGCAUUGGGAAUGCAACACGCUUUGUGACGUGGAACCUUUACAUCUUCACUCUGGCCGGUCGCAUUUAUCCGGUUGUGGACGAACUGUUGAGGAUGCAGCCGGAGAUCGCUGCCAUACCAGAGAUGUGGAGGGAGAAGUUUGCCAUCCUGGAUCGCCUCAACCAGGUCUCCGGCAAUGUGUGGGCCUUUGCGCCUGGUGGUGCUACAGAACAAUACAAUGAUGCGGACAUCCUGUAUCGUUCUGACAAGUGGGAGCACGUCGCGAGCGAUCUUGUUCCAUUUUCGGCCGGCCGAGCCAUCAACUGGGCAGUUUUGCGCCGGAAGUCCGACAACUACACCCUCAUCGCAUCAGGCACUCAUCCGCUGUGCUGCUUGGGAGACUUUGUAAUCCUGGAGGCAGUGCAGUUUGUGACUAACGUCCUGCACCAGGUGCAACAGACGCACCCGUACCCCAUCGUCCUCAUGGGAGACCUGAACACGGGGUACUUUCAACCGUCGCAGCAACUGCUCAGACACGGUGAGGCAGAUGGCUUUGGCAGGCACUGGACAGUCCCGCUUACUUUCACGGAUGCAUGGGCAGAGCUCCAUCCCGGCAACCCUGAUCCAUCAACGAUCAAUGAUGACCCGGUCCGCCUCGACUACGUUUACUUUCAGAAGACUCCGCUCUCAAUGGGCGCUUCCGUGUCAGCAUCGCAGGCUUCGCUGGAAGAAUGCUUCCAAGGUGUUGGGAAAGACUGCUUCGGAUCCGCAGCUGAAGCAAGCAUUGCCGAUGCUGGACGUUUUCAGCAUGGCGUCUACCGCGUACUUGCCGACUUGACGGGAGUUGAGCUGGAAGGCUUGAGCCUGAUGUUUGGAACAGUGAGCGUGCCCGCUGUCAGCCAAGAGCAGGCGGUACAUCGCUGUGCUAACCUGUGUCUCUCAAUCCUGGCAUGUCAGGCGUGGCAAUACUCCACCUCGCAGGGGUGCUACAUCGAAGAUCCUUCUCAGGAGAUGCCCUACCCCCCUGUCAUCAGGAAAGGCACAGAGCUUGCCAAGACGGCUGUCGCGGGACAGUACAUCCAGCACGUCUGCCCGGGUCAAAUGAGUCACCUCCGUGGAGACCAGCCAAAGCCCAAGCAUCCCGAGCCCGAGGCACCCAAGGUGGUAUUCGUUGAUGCGGAUGCCGCCGCGCCGCAGAUCCAGAGUCCCGAUGGAGAAAUCGAGGACGCUGUGAUAAGGACAGUUCAGGCCACCACGCAGAGAGAAACGACAGCAGUCCCAGCCGGCGUGAGUGCAUUGACUCCACCGACUACACCUGCCGUGCGAACUUCUGCCAUUCUUCCCGUGAACUCGACACCUGGCGCCGGGGUGGCUGAAGCAAACCCGACAACUUUGCCAAUCCCAGCAGUUUCUUCUCUGCCAGACGGCCUGGCGAAGGUGGUCACAGUGCCUCCAUCAUCGGUAUCAAUAGCACCGGCUGUGGCAGCGCCAGCUGCGGUUUCAACAGCGGCUGCCGCGCCCACUGCACAACCGAUUGCCGCGUUGCCUUCUGCACCCACUGGUGAGCCUGUUCUGGUUGUUGCCAAGAACGGAGCCUCCGAAACGCGCUACAGAGAGAGCGGGCUGAGCGGCCAAGGCAACAUGCUAGUGUCAGAGCCUGCACAGCGUCUCGAGCAUCAUGCCGAGUGGCCCUUCGUCAUUUUCGGCAUUUUGGGUCUGAUUCUGGUCUGUGCUGGUGCGCAUGCCCUUCGCGUCUACGGCAACAAGAAGGCCAACUACUAUUGCGUCGACCCCGAGGAGUCUGACGAUUCGUUGCUCCAUGGCUGA